AUGCGGAGGGCAUGGCUUGCACGCUGUGCGGCGAGCACAUCCGCUCCCGGCGCUUCCUCCUCCUCUCCCUCAGCGAGUGAGAUGCAGCGCCGCAUCCGCGCGGCGGACAUCACGUUGCGUGUCGCCACAAAGGACGGCACCGCACGUGUUGUCUACGCCUCUACGUCAGGGCUUCUGCGGGAGACGCUGCGGCGCCACAACUUGGCGGCACGCACACACGGGCACCGUCCAUUCCUGCAGCUCCUUGGGACGCACCUGAGCCUCACCAACAUGCUGGCAGCGCUACAGGAGGGCGAGGAACGCGUGGCGUCGCGCUUCACGGCGGAGGAAGCCACAAUAGUCGUGGAGGCAUUGGCACUCGGUGAGUGCCGCUGCUAUGUGCGUGGUGAUUGCAACGCAACGAUUGAGGGGCCACCGUUUCCGUUCAGCGUUGGUCGCACUCUCUAUGGGCAGAGCCAGCCGUUCUGGUCAACGACAGCAGCACAGCUGGGUCAGUUCCUCACUGAGGAGGAGGAGGAGGAAACUAACGAAGGCAACUCGGUGCCAAUCGCGCUGGGCUUGGCAGAUGUACCACGAGAAGAGCUGCUGGCGAACUUCCACUACAACAUCUCGCUGCAUGGCUACAACUUCUUUCGGAAAUCAGAGGGGUCGGCGUCGGCGCUGUGGUGCUGCGUGCACCUUGACGACCCGGCCAUCCAGAAGUCACUCGCAGAGUACACGCAGCAGGAACAUGAGCAGAAAGACGCCACUUCGAGCAGUGGCGGUGCACUUGACGAAAAGGACAACAACCUUGACAUGGUGUUGGCACGCGCGGGGGUAUCGUACGGUAUCCUCGUGCAGCCACUCGUGGCAACGCGAGCUGUGGAGGUGCAAGUGCAUCAACUGCAGCGCGCCCUCCUGCGAGCCUCCAUCGCAAACCCGGCAGUGUUCCGCGAGCUGUCGCGGCGGGCGGUGGAGGAGUGCCUCUCGUGCCAGGACACCCUCUCGCUUGUCACUGGGGAUUAUGAGGGUGCCUACACGGUCGCGAUGGCGGCACGACAGUUCACACAAGACCCCUCCACUGCGGCGCCUGUAAUCGAGAAGCUGCGGCAGCAGCUCGGCGUGAAUGAUUUCCGUCUGUCACUGGACUGCGAUACACCAAAGCGAAACAGGCUUGACUAUCUCUGUCGCUGUUCGAAGGAUAGUUUCCUGCAGUCGAUGAGUGUUCUUCCAGCGGAUGAAUUGGCGCGCUUCAUGCAUGAGACAAGCUUUCGAUGCGUCUUUUGCGGCAAGGAACGUCGCCUGCACCAGGAGGACUGGCAGAAGGUGCUGCAAAAGCGUGGUGGGUGA